UCGCAGCUGAAUUCUAUCUUCCUUCUUGCUGUUGCAAACUCAAGAGACCUGAAGACAUCAGCCACUAAAACUGAACUACUUCAGGAUUUUGUCGAAGCCAUGAAUGAGCUGGCAGGCAGAGGAAUUUCGGUCCAAGUGAAGGAAGGAGAGAUACGGGCAAAAGGGGGCCUGGUAGCAUUUCUGGGUGACAGUCUCGCAAGCAGUGCUAUAGCCGGCUUUAAAGAAUCUUUUUCACCAAAUGUGCGGUAUGCAUGCCGACGCUGUAAGGCACGCACUUGUGAUUUUCCGAAUAUAUUUUUACACUCAGAUUGUCCUUUGAGGACAGACAGGGAAAUUGAAGCCAAGGUGCAGCAGUUGCUCAGCACAGAAAACAAGGCUGAGCGGAAAGAGGUGUCAGCUUCUUCAGGUAUUAAAGGCCCAUCUGUGCUUGGUCUAGUUACAGGGUUCUCUUUAACUCGAGACGUGCUCUUUGACCCUAUGCAUAUUCUUCUAGAAGGAAUAAUACCCAAAGAAAUUUCUUUGUUUAUGCGUCACCAAAUACACACCCUUCGUUCAUUUAGUCGAAAACAACUAAAUGAUUCCUUAAAGGCAUUCAAGUUUCACCAUUCAAUCAGUACCAGUGAGUACCCACGCAUGUUCGAUGCGUCAUUACAGCUUGUGUCAUCAGCAAGUGCAACAGCCAUUCUUGUAGUGCACCUCCCGCUUAUUUUGAACAACAUUGUUUCUGUUAAUGUCUUGGGGCCGACAUACGAAUGCUUGAUUCUUAUUUGUCAAAUUAUGCAGCUGAUACUUUCUCCAGUUUUGAGCAUUGAUGCAUUGGGUACGCUCGAGUCGCUGAUUAUCAACCACCAAAAAUUGUUCCUCAGCUGUUAUGGGGAGCAAGCUUUCACGCCAAAGCUACACAUGUUGAUUCACAUGGUGGACCAGAUCAAGGAGUGUGGACCAGGCCACCAUCAUUGGACUAUGAGAUAUGAGGGGAAAAAUGCACUGCCUAAGUCCAAAAAGCUCUUCAAUUUCAAAAAUGUUCCGUUUUCAGUAAGCGAAUUUUUCCAGAUUAAUUUGUCCCAUUCAAUGUGGCAUGGGAACGGAGAAGCAAAAAUUAGCUUUCUUGAUGGCACAAAUGAAGACCAAAGCGGCAUACCUUACCCUUUGUCGCCUGCCUUCGUUCAAGCAGGCUUACCAGUUUCUUCACUAGAUUCUGUUGGCCAAUCAGUGCAAUCAGUAAUGUGUGACAAUGUUGUUAUUAAGGUGAAUGACAUUAUGAUGACUCAGACUGUAUCUGGUGAUGCCGGCUUUUUGAAAAUCACUGUUAUUGUCCAGUUUUUGAAACAGGUAUUUUUUGUAUGCCAUGUUAUGGUCAUGGAAGCUUUUGACACAAAUUUGAACUGUUUUGUUUUGAGGGCGACAAACCAUGAGUUAGUUGUGUCUAAAAAGAAAUUCUUGCUGUCUUGGCCUCUCUAUGUAUACAAGCACGACAGUGUUUUUUAUUGUUUGCCUCGGUAUUAUUCUUCCUUGCCGUAACUGUUGACCUGCCAUUUUUUAGCCAGGAUAACACUUUGUACUUAGCUGUCGUUUGGCUCUUCCAUCACCUGCUGUAGCUUGCAAGUACCCAUGAUUUUGUUAAGUGCAUUCAUAUAAGUUACUAGCAUAAAAUGUGUUUACGUUUCUAAUCAUUCUAGAAAAUGUCGCACCACAUUUUAGCUGUGAUUAUCUCGUUUAGUUUAAGUAACACAUUUUUAGCCUAAAUAAAAUUUGAAAUUUCAGCAGUGGCAAGCUUUUUCUAUAGCAUUCAUUUAAUAAGGGAUAUAGGAAUGACUGCUCAUGAAAGUAUUUCUGUUGUCAAACGUCCCUUUUAACAUUUUCUUAGGUGUUUUGUCUAAAUGAAAUAAAAUUUAUUACUAUGAACUUUUAUUUCUUUUAAUACUUGGUGUCAUUCAUUGUGUACAUUAUUCCAUCCAUAGGAAGCCACCAAGCAGACUUGUCGGAAGUGGGAUAAAAACUUUCUUCCCUCUUUCUCUGCAUACUUAAAUCCACUGCUCCAUGGCCAAGAAAUGCUUACUAUGGCACGCCGCCGCAUGACAGCACAGCUAAGAGAUGAGGUCAUUGAAUUCCUUGAGUGAGUAAAAUUUGCAUGGUCAUAUCCUGUGAGGCAUAUUCAUAAUUAGGACUCUCCCUGAGCAUUACGCAAAUUCUCUUUCAGAAAGAACAACUUGAUUAAAAGUUCUAACUCUGCUGUCAGAAGGUGGAACUACUGUGCCUUUGCAGAAGCUCUAAGUGACGCCUAUCCACGAAUGGUAUGGGAAACAAAAGGAACUGCAGCAGUUCAGCAGCUUGGAUGGGCGAUUUCAGAAAAUGUGACAGACCCAGAAAGAAUUGAUCUCUCCAGAAUGAACAUGUUGCUGCAUGCAACCAUUGAAGUACGGAAGAAAAAUCCAGUCGAGGAACUCCCUGUAUACUUUUUGAAUGCAGCUGUGGUAAGCGUAUUUACAUAAACGAGUAACAUUUUGCAUGAAUGCCUUCACAUUUUUUCAAUCUGUUUUGCCUGUUGAAGUGGCUAUUGAACGAAAAUUUUUACGUUGAAUUCUUAUUAGGCUUUCCAAAAACAGCACGCCGCACGCUUGUCUGCAUUUUGUUUGCAAUGCAGACAAGUAUUUGCAGACAGGUUUGAGAGCAGACAUUCUUAGUACAUAGUACUUUUGCAAGCACAGUGCAUAAAAACUACAAGGAAGGAAACAGCACCAGAACAGACUAAAUCCUAAUGAUUCAGACUAUUUUGCAGUAAGCAAGAAAGUAAGAAAAUGAAUUGAAAGGAACAUGUUUUUGUAAAAAUAUAGAUUGUGUUGGAAAAAAAAGGGGCGCCUGAGACAUUUCAUUACAAAGAAUAAAAGCCUCAUCAUUACAAAAGCACUUUGAAAAGUUCAAAUGUGCCCAAAACAAACCAACGUGAUUCAAAAAACGUACUGAGUGUUUGUUUAGACUACUUUUAGAAAAAGGCUAUGGGCUUAGCGAAUGUGGCAUUUGAAUGAUUGCGUAUACUGUCUUUUUAGCUUGGCAUGGAGGCUGAAGUUAGGUUUGGGGCAUCACUGCACGCUAUGGAAAGUGAGCUUCAUAAAAUCCGGGAAAAACUCAACAUGGACAGCUUUGUUGAUAUUGACUGCUAUCUGCGUCCUAAAAAAGCAGAAUUUGCUUUAAUAUCUGUGGUGAGUACCUAGGAGGAGACAUAAGCAACGUUAAUUCAUUGCAUUCAGGUGCCUAAUCCUUUCCGUAAUUAAAGUUUCUAAUCAUUAAAACACAUUAAAAUGACUUUGACACAUUAAAAGGACUUUGACACCGAUAAGUUUCAUACUGAUAUUAGCUUAAAUAUUUUAAAACACCUUAAGGUAAACAGCCCUUUGCAGUACAUUAAGUGUUAUGGCAUAUGCAGCCUGCAAGAAAUGCAGUAAAUUUGACCUAAAUAACGAAUGCAUAACAAGUAACCUCCUUAGUCCUACUUUUUUCGCACAUUUUUUUGCAUGACCGAAUAUAUUUUAUUAUUUAAAGGGGUAAACGUUUAGAAAGGGCUCAAAACUGUGCUUGUUUAUAUUAAUGUGAAAAUGCUAAAAAACUUGCAUGAUAAUGAUGUACAUAGAGGUGAACUAAAUAAACUUUUCUUUAGGACCCACAUGAUGCCAGCAAGCUCCUUCCAGGGCCAUGUGUUGUCAUGGAACCGGGAGCCGAAAGAAUCUUAUGCAAGCAACAGACAGUUCAUCUUGUGCCUGGAUGUUCCGUUGAGCAUGCAUUAAUCCUAUGCUUGACUAUAUAUUUCGUACUAGAUGUCUCCUAUCCACAUGCAUUCGGACAGACCUUAGGGUUGCUACAAAGCAUACUGUUAAAGAGUGAAACAUUUCAGGAGUGCUUCAUGUCCCAAAAGCUGAAAGGUUUGUUGAAGCAGCUGAAAAGCUACCUGACAAAGACAAGGUAGAAGGCUAGCCAGGCUGCAAACUGAAUAUGUAGCUAGCUGACUGCUUCAGACAAGCUCUCUUAAUGUUUUUUAUGUUGCUUGGGUGAUAUGAGCAGCCAGUGCAUGCUGCUCAUUUGUAUUGGCAAUUGACAAAUCUGUAUAAGUAAAAACUCAUUGAACUGAAUACUAUAUGCCAAUACUUGAUUUACUUCUUGUUUAUUGUGGUUUUCCUGUUUAUUCCAACUGUCUUGAUGUUCUUGCUACACAGACUUCUGUAUAGUUGUGUACUAAUGUUUAUUCUUUAAGCUGGCCUUGUAUUAUAUAAAUAGUUGUUUGCACAUAACCGUGCUGCAGAAAGUGUUCUGUGGAAUAAAGUGUUCAAAAGUGUUUUCCAUCCUUGUUUACUUAUUCAGUACUGUCAGCCAGAAUAUCAGGCUUCGUUAGUACUGUACCUCUGUAAGUAGCAUUUCAUAAGGUUGAGUGCAUUCAGAAAUAGAAUUCAGCCUUCAGAUCAUGCCCACGUAAAGCAUUGGCGUCAGCUAUCGCGAUUGUAGUCUCACAGAUUGUGUAGCACUGCAAUUUCAUUUAAUAUGACAUGCAUCUACAAUAAAUCUUAGGCAUGACACCCGAAUGCAAAUGCUGCAGCCUUUACUGCGGCCAUUCUCAAGACUUCACAAAUUCUUUCAUUCAUUAUAUUGAGCACUCACUGAUAGCAUGGCUGUUUCCGUGCACAUGCACCUAAAAAUUUAUGUUGCCAUUUUUAGGCGCAAUGAAUAAAUGGGUGACUUACUGAUUGGUCAUCUCAUGCCACCAGCUUAUGUAGACCACAUUUGGCGUCAUUCACAUGUCUGGUAUAACUAAACUGAUAUGACAUUUAAAUUAG